UACUAUCUCUAUCUGUUGAAGCUAUUGGAAAGGCUGUUUUGCUUUGGUGUCUGGACAGAGCUUUGAUACUUGCAGACGCUUACCGUGAGUGGUAACACUGUCACGAGCAGUGCCUGUUUGCGUGAUAUAGCUGCAUGUCAUUAUUGUGUCACUGGACAGCUUGUAAUGUCACCCACCGUGUCAUCUUGAUAAUGUUGAGCGAACACCACCAGCAGCAUCGGUAAAUCUUCAUUUGUUGAUUCGAGGGCAUAGUCGAAUAACGCUAAAAUGUGAUUCUCUUUGCAUUGCGAUGAGACGCUGCGUGCAAGUGCCGCAUCUUUUUGACGUAUGUUAAAUCGGUGCACCGAGCAGCUUGACCUGGGUUGUGUGCACCAGGAACUAUGCAUUUUUAUCUGCCAGCUCGGUUGAAAACCCAGCGUUAGGAAAAAUGCGAGCGAUUAAAAUUGGAUAUAGCAGCGGCUUGUCUGAUGACAGGACUGAGCAGCCGUCAUGGCUGCCGCCACUGCGUUGUCUCGCCAUCAAUGCGGUGAUGGCGAGUUCUGGAGCGUGCGCUAGCCAACGUCGAUGGCAGGUGCGAUUUAGAUGUGAAACGGGACAACCUGAUCAUCCGCACAUUUCCAGAAUGAGUGAUCGAGCCAACGAUCAUACUGGCAGUAAGGGAUACAAAAAAGGGAAAAGGUCAUCGUCACCGACACGCACACGCGCGCCGCACCAGCUGCUGGCAAUCACACUGGUGGGGAGGGAGGCUGCACCCCUUUGUGUUCUACAGUCACCACGCAGCAAAGUCGCCGUGAGCAGUGCUGUAACCGCCCAAUCGAGACAGACAGACAGGCAGACAGGGGCACAGACAGACAACCGGACUGACCGACGGACCGACCGCUCGCCUGCUGGUGUGGCGCCCCCUACCUCUCCACGGAGAAGUCAGUCUAGCCUCUACGUUAGCACCCCACACAAAUCUUCAUCGGGAGGCGACCGUCACUGCGACGCGUUUAUUAAUUUGUGCCAAUAGCCCAUUAUUUCCUAAUUAAUAAAUAUAGGCUGGGACUGAUGAAAAGAACUAGACACGUUUAAACUGAAUGAUCCUGAAUGGACAAUCACAGAUAAUAUAAUUGUUAAAAGAUGCGUGGAAAAAAACCUAAUGGAAGGAAGUAGGUUUCAUAGUGAGAACUAUUGUGGAAGUUACAGUAGUUUGUAAUGGAAUGAAAUAACGAGUAAGGAAAGUAUAGUCAACUGUUUUUACACUACCAAUGAUUAAAAUAAUUUUUUUAUAGUAAUAUUUUACUAAUAAAUUAGCA